AUGUCCUCUCAUCUUCAACCACAAAAGUAUCCAAGAACUCCUCAUCUUCCAUUCAGUCCUGAACAUUCCGAUGACGAUGUCAUUUUGUCGGAAAAACAUUGCACACAAUUCAUUGCACCUACCGAAGUCAUUAUCACUGAAAAGAUGGAUGGAGGAAAUUGUCAAUUAUUUCAAGGAAAGAUUUAUGCUAGAACGACAUCAAAAGAAGCCUCUCAUGCAAGCUUUGGUCCUAUCAAGCAAUUAUAUUCUCAAUUUAAGUAUUUGAUACCAGAUCAUUUGAUCUUAUUUGGAGAGAAUUUAUAUGGAGUACAUUCCAUUGAGUAUACUAAUUUGAAGAGUUUCUUUUAUUUAUUUGCAAUUUUAGAUUUGAAUGAGAAUCGAUGGUAUGGAUGGGAUGAAAUGGUAAAUUUUGUACACGAAAAUGAUCUGAUGAAUUAUAUUCAAAUAGUACCUGUUCUUUUCAGAGGUACAUUUAAUUCCUUAUCAGAAAUCAAGCAAUGGAUGGAUGAGCAAAUUAAAAACAAGUCAAGCAGCCAAGCUGGUGGACGAGAAGGAUUAGAAGGAUUUGUCCUUAAAACUACUCAAUCCUUUUCCACUAAGGACUUUGAAAGAAAUAUUGCCAAGUACGUAAGAAAAGGGCACAUCCAAACCGAUGAAAAUUGGGGGAAAACUUGGAAGCAGGCCAAGCUCAAUAAAUGA